AUGCUGCUCGGUCUUUUGACGCUGAAUUGUGAUGGUUCGUCAACCCCCCGAAACCGACCAACGCCAUGUGCACAGACGUGCGAAGCACAAGAACAGAUUUCUAUCAAUGCCAUGCACAGAGACGACCUAUCGGCGGAAGAAGAACAGCGUUUUACAAACCUUAUCAACUGCCUUAGUCAAUGCACACUUGGCUACACCCUAUUCCCGACUAACUCAGACUAA